ACAUGCAGGUGUCCUAUGCACGCGGUCCGCAGGGCUUUCCCAAUUCCCAUCUCUCUAACUCGUCUUCCUUAUGUUGAAAUAGAAUACGCAUCUAUCAUCAUCGGAGAACCAACUCAUAUACCGAGUCGGUUCUCUCGGAGACUUGGUUUCCCAGUUCAAGCUCUUGCUCUCUUUUUCUCUCUCUCUCUCUCUUUCUCUUGCUCGAUCGAGGGUCGCAGCCCUGAUCGAGCACCGCCAUCUCACGUUAUUACCCCGCUCCCGUCCCCUUUUCUUCGCCACCAACCGGUCAUCAACCAGAACACCGCAGGCAUCAGUCUGAAGGGCCAAGCACUUGGAUCUGGAAGCAAAAUGUUUUUUGGGGGAUUUAAUUAUUAUGGGAAUUCAUUCGAGCAGACUUACCGUUGUUAUCCAGCUUCAUUCAUUGAUAAGCCACAAUUGGAGAUAGGUGAUAAAAUUAUAAUGCCGCCUUCUGCUCUUGAUCGUCUUGCUUCUCUACACAUUGAUUAUCCAAUGCUAUUUGAGCUCCAUAAUGCUGCGACUGAGCGUGUUUCACACUGUGGUGUUUUGGAGUUCAUUGCAGAAGAAGGCAUGAUAUACAUGCCAUAUUGGAUGAUGCAAAAUUUACUUUUACAAGAGGGAGAUAUUGUCCGUGUCAAAAAUGCCACCCUCCCCAAGGGUACAUAUGUGAAGCUGCAGCCUCACACAAAAGACUUUUUGGAUAUCUCAAACCCCAAGGCCAUUUUGGAAACGACAUUAAGAAACUUCUCAUGUUUAACAACUGGUGACAGUAUAAUGGUAGCAUACAAUAACAAGAAAUACUACAUAGAUAUCGUGGAAACAAAGCCCUCUUCUGCAAUUAGCAUUAUUGAGACAGACUGUGAGGUUGAUUUUGCUCCCCCGCUUGAUUAUAAAGAGCCUGAACGGCCCCAAACUUCUUUAACAAGAAGCAAUGCACCAGAACAAGCUCAUCACGAUCUGCAAAAUGAAGCCGAAGUUGAAAAGAAAUUUACCCCAUUUGUGGGUGUUGGAAGAAGGUUGGAUGGAAAGCCUUCUAAGGAGAAUACUCCAAGUAUUGGUUCCUCGGUGAAGGAUAAUAAAUCCGAAACGAUAGAUGGUACGAAGCGGUUAUCACCGUCCAAUUCGGAAGGCAGCUCUUCUCGUCAAGCUAAGGGAAAGCUUAUUUUUGGUUCAAAUGCAAAUCGUACUCCAAAAGAAGAACCAAAGGUUGCCCCCAAGGAAGCAAAUGAACAACCUGAAAAGAAAGAAGAACCCAAGUUCCAGGCCUUUUCUGGGAAGAAAUACUCAUUGAAGGGUUAAUCAAGUGAAGUUGCUCUAUACAUUCUUAGUAUUUAAAAGGUUUUAUAAACAUAUCAUACUUUCUUGAUAAGUAAAGCACUCCUCUUUGGAUCUUCUUAAUGUAUGAUUUUAAGGUUUCACCUGCCAUAUUAAUGUUAUUCUCUAGAAGCUGUUUCAGUCGAUUGCUUUAAUAAAUUAUCUACUAUUAUCUCA